AGAUUACGCCUUUAUAUUGCUCGGUGGGUCAGGAUUUCCCGGUUUCACAAAAUAAUCGGUGGUCAGGCAACGAAGAUAUCGACCCACGUGCACAAAACUAUUGGAAUUUCAAAUCGAUAGAGUCGCAAAAAAAAGUGCAGUUUUACAGAUAGCAUGCGCAUAUGAGAAGAGAGGCGAUAAGACCGGGAAAUGGAGGGUCCCCAUUUACCGUAUAUUGAUCUUCGGCCAUCACCAAAGUUUUUCAAUGAACACGGGCUGACAUUCCCAGAGGAAGAAGAAGGAACCCCGAUCCCGAUGGCCAGCAUGCCGAAUAUUGGCGGGAUGGACAACGCUGCAUAUGAAGACGACGAAGAAUCAUCCAGGUCGGAACGCUCGUACGAUGAUGUGGAGGACGAUGUAUUUAGCGAAUCUCCACCGAGUUAUCAUUCCAAUGAAAUGAAUGGAGAUCUGCGCGAAGACCAGAAGGAAGAAGCACCGAAAAAUUAUAAGUGGGAUGUUUUUCGCUUGGCCUCGGACGACAAUAUAUCUGGAUCUGAACUGGCUUGUUGGAACGCGUGUUUCACUGUCAACAGAGUGGUGCUAUGCAUUCUGAUUUUCGUUUUCGUUUUCAUCACGUCGGUUAUAUCAAAAUUUACUUUUAUUCUAAUGACAACAAACAUUUUUCCAAACAAAGGAGGACUGAAGAAUCCUAACCAAACUCUGAAGUACUUCAAAGAAGGGAAAGACUUUACAAAUGUUGAGGUCACAUGGAUCUGGAGUCUCCUUCUCGCCAUUAUAGCACCUUAUGUGUUUACUGUCUUGAAAUACCUCUGGGUUCUACUUUUUAAGAAAACCAGAAAAUUAAACUUUACAGUUUUGCUUGUAGCGCUGUGUAUCGAGACUCUUCACAGCAUCGGACUCAGCAUAUUUGUCCUGGUGGUUCUUCCAAGCUUUGAACCAAUUUCUGCCUGUUUGCUUUGUUUGAGCGUUUCGCUCGUCCCAGCGGUUCUAAAAACAAUCUACCCAGAGAGAACGUUGAAGAAAGUGGAGGAGAGCGAGAAAGGUCGGCUUCGCACUGCUCGAGUUGUGAAUUCCCUGGCAGUGAUCUUUCAGCUUGGUAGUAUUGUCCUCUGGACGUACUAUGUCUAUAUCGCUAUUGGUUCCGUGAAUCCCCAAUCAGUCACUUUAAUGGUGCUUGUGGCUUUGUCUCCAAUAUUGGUGUCUCUGACAUGGUGGGAAAACUUUGUAAAGCAAGCCAAAUUCAAGAACAUAUCUAGCGACACCGACGGAGAAACAUCGGCUCUCAUGCGCAUGAAGUUGAACAUGAGACGACACAGAGUGAAAGCUGGGUUGUUGGUGAAUCUAUGGAAAAUCAUCAUUACCCUAAUUGUAAUGCCGACUCUGGUUUUCGGUGUGUUUUGCGAGAAUGGAAAUGCCUGCAUCGAUGCAUUCUUUUUCCAAAAUGAGAGAGGUCAACUAAGAUAUAUCAGUGAUGCAAACAUGACGGACAACAGAAACUUUGAUGAGUUAGGCGAGAAGGGUUGCAUAUCUUAUUUUCCUUUUAUGAUCUCAAUGGCAAACAUUUUGUCAAGUAUAAUAUGUUUUAAAUUUGCUAAAGCUGCUUGCAAGAUUCUGGCACAGAAACUGUGCUUUGCCCUUCCUGUAGUUUUAUCAACACCAGUCGUAAUAGGACUAAUUCUUGGGUUAUAUUCUAGAACCGUUGAUAUUUCUUUCGGAAAAUGUAUACUACCAUUAGCAGAAUGGAGAGACAAAAACCAAGACCCAACCAUUUUGUUCGACAUAAUAGACACCUACUGGGUAGUCAUUGCUGCUGGAGCUCUUGGCUAUUUUUCCCUCCUUCUCGUCACAAACCAUGUGUGGUCUCCGAGCAAGGAGAGGCUGAUUGCAACGGACAGAUUAUUUGUGCAACCAUUGUUCAACGGGGGUCUCCUAGACCAGUCUCUGCUUUUAAAUAGAAGACGGACCGACGAAGAAUUCAAAAGAACAGAAGAACACAAUGAAUCGGACAAAAAAGUCCCAAUUCCUGAAAAAGACGAGGAAGACGAGAAAAGUAAGAUCGAUUGGUCAAUUCUAAGAAAAGAUGACACACCAAUGAUCUACAUGUGUGCUACCAUGUGGCAUGAGUCAGAAAAUGAAAUGAUUCAGAUUUUAAAAUCAAUAUUCAGACAAGACGAGGACCAAUGUGCCCGCCGUCAUUUACAGAUGUUUCUUGGUAUCAAAGAUCCAGAUUACUACGAAUUUGAAGCCCACGUAUUUUUCGAUGAUGCAUUCCAAGCACAUGGAGAUGAUGAUUACGAGUACCAAGUUAAUGAUUUUGUCAAACUCCUUGUCAGCUGCAUGGACAUUGCAGCCAGUGCGGUUCAUAAGACGAUAAUGAUCAUCCCGCCUCCAGUAAAGUACCCCACCCCGUACGGAGGGCGGCUAGAGUGGCAGUUGCCUGGUGGAAACAAGCUUAUUGCACAUCUUAAGGACAAAGCCAAAAUACGACAUCGAAAAAGAUGGAGCCAGGUCAUGUACAUGUACUAUUUCCUGGCUCAUAAGCUUAUGAACAUUCCCAAGAAAUCGAAGUCCCAAAGAAGAGUGAUUGCAGAGAACACGUUCCUUCUUGCGCUUGACGGAGACGUAGAUUUUCAGCCAAAAGCAGUCCAGUUACUGGUAGACAGGAUGAAGAAAAACCCAACGGUGGGGGCAGCGUGUGGGCGGAUCCACCCAAUUGGCUCAGGUCCUAUGGUGUGGUACCAACAGUUUGAAUAUGCUAUCAGCCACUGGCUGCAGAAAGCAGCAGAGAACAUAAUGGGAUGUGUGCUGUGCAGUCCGGGGUGUUUCAGUUUAUUCAGAGGGUCCUCUCUAAUGGAUGAUAAUGUCAUGAGAAGAUACACAACACCUCCAACGGAACCACAGCAUUAUGUUCAGUAUGAUCAAGGAGAAGAUCGGUGGCUGUGUACUUUAAUGCUACAGCAAGGUUACAAAGUCGAGUAUGUGGCUGCCAGUGAUGCCUUGACAUACGCUCCCGAAGGUUUCAAUGAAUUCUACAAUCAGCGAAGGAGGUGGUCCCCGUCAACCAUGGCUAAUAUCAUGGAUCUCUUAAUGGACUGGAAGAAUGUUACACGUAAAAACGAGGAUAUUUCGAAGCUUUACAUCCUGUAUCAAACAUUUCUCAUGGUGUGUUCCAUCUUGACACCAGGAACAAUAUUCUUGAUGAUACUAGGGGCCAUCACAAUGGCUUUUCCUGCUAUUCCGCCAUUUGCUGCCAUGACAAUCAACAUAAUUCCAGUCAUCGGAAUGGUUAUGUUAUGUUUUGUUGCAAAGACAAACGUUCAGUUGGCCUAUGCUGCUAUUGUAUCCACGGCUUAUUCCCUUCUGAUGAUGGUGGUACUGGUGGGCCUACUGGUGGAGGCGGCAGGGGCGGGCCUCUGCUCUGUCACUACACUAUUUCUAUUGUUUGUGUCGGGGGUGUUCGUCCUUUCAGCGCUUCUCCAUCCACAGGAAUUCUUUUGCGUGUUACACGGAUUUUUAUACUUCCUGUCCAUUCCGUCAAUGUCUAUGCUUUUGAUGAUCUACUCUCUCGGUAAUCUGCACGUGGUGUCCUGGGGAACACGAGAAACAAAAGUUGCCGCCCCUCCAACACAGCCGGGAAACCAACAAUCGCAACAAAAUAAAGUACAGAGCUGGUUGAGCAAACUUGGCGUUGCAGACACUGGGGGGACAUCGGAUUAUACUUUUUCAUGUGGAAAUCUCCUUCGUUGUGUAUGCUGUCCCAACACCUCAGCCCAAACCGAGGACAUGCGGUUCCGGGCCAUACUGGAGAGAUUGGAUGAUAUCGAGUCACAUAUGACGGAGGUCACCCGGAGUAGAAAUCCGAGCCAGUUUGACGAUGGUUCCAUUAUAAAUUCAAAAACAGACGAGGAGCACCAACCAUUUUCCAAACAAAACGGGCUUUUUGAAAUUGCAGUAGAAAGAUCAAACCCAGCAUAUGUUGAAGAGAAAGGACGUAAACGAGAUGAAAUGAAAGACCCUUAUUGGAUUCACGACAGCUCUUUGCAAGAUGGUGCUAAGGACUGUUUAUCUGAGGAUGAAAUUAAAUUUUGGAAUGAAUUUAUUCCUCAGUAUUUGAAACCAUUAGAAUCGAACAAAGAACAGGAAAAGCAAACACAAAAAGGUUUGAUUGAAUUGAGAAACAAAGUUUGCCUUGCUUUCCUUCUGAUGAAUGCGUUGUUUGUGACGAUUGUUUACGUUCUGACGGAGGUGAACCUAAGUACCAGUCAAAGUCUCUCCAUUCCCCUCCCCUGUACAGUGGAAUCAGGACGACCCGGACAGGGUUAUAUUGAGCCCAUAUCAUUUGCCUUUACCGCCAUAUUUGGAAUAAUGCUUCUUCUGCAAUUUAUUUGCAUGCUUUUCCAUCGGUUUUCUACCUUCUUGCACAUUGCUGCUUCCACGGAGGUUAGUUUAAAGAGACAGCUGAUAAACAGAGUGCGCGGAACUGAAACAGGACCAAAAGAAAUUGGAGUAGAAGAAGGUUUACAACUUGUCAAAGAAAUGCAAGCACAAGACAACUCAGACACGAUGUCUGUAAUGUCACAAGAAACGACUGUGAGCGACGAUGUCGAACUUUCUGGUCAAACCAAGGGCAAAGACUUGUGGAAGAAACUAGGUAAACGCCAGAGAAUGGAGGUUGGUGGAAAAACUUUGUCAAGAAACUUUGCCAAAAAUUUCGCCAAAUUGAACAAGGCUAUAGUGGAUGAAGAUGGUUCCAGCACACGAGGAUUGGCAGAACAAACACUUGAAGAUGCGACACAGGAAAGAGUAGCAGCCGUUCAAAGAGUUUUCAAAAAUCGAUUUCAGAGAAAGUCUCUGAUGACAAUUGUUUCUCUUGCGCAAAACCAAAGACAAAAGGAUGAAAUAAAGAGAAGAGCGACGCUUCUUCAAAAGAAGAAGGUUGUUAGUGCAUGGAAGGCAGCAGCCGAGAGAAUCAGACUGCAAGAACGGAUGAAGGAGCAAAGGGAAAGCGCUGCUGGAAAUCGAAAAAGUAAAGUAGGCUUUGCCGAUGUGAUGAAAACUGCGGCUGCAAUAGAGAGAAAGAAGAAACUAUCAAUGCAACAAAAGAAGGAAAGUGAAAAAUUGAUAACUGACAUUGAGGAAGAAAAGGAUGAGGAGCAUUCACCUAUUAAACAGAUCAAUGAACCAUCACUAAAAAGACAGAUGGACGAACGUCCACCGAAGAAACAAGUCGACGAAAGAAAAGCCCGGAUAUCUGUAGAUAACGAAAAGGAAUGGCCUAGUGAGCACGCGUACGCUGUACAGCCAACGGAGGAGCCAAUGGCAGACUCGGAGGGAGAUUAUGCAAAUGCUGACGUGCUCUUUUAAGAGGCAAACAAAUUUCGAGAGAUUUAUACUGUGAUAAAAUGUGAGAAUGUGUUUUAUGUAAAUUUUAUAUACAUGUACAUUAUACCAGUAUGAAUUCACUUUUGCAUCUUUUUUAUUUAUCAAGACUUUUAUUUUAUGUCUUAUAAAAUUUAUUACUAGUAUCGUUACAUAUUUAUGUUUAUUAAUAGGAAAAGAAUAUUAUGCAAUUGAUAUAAUUUAUAUCCCAAAACAGAAAUUAAGCAAUACCCCAAAAAUGUGACUGUGCGUAGUCGGAUAACCAUCCAGCUUAUGCUAUUUUCUUCAAUAUAAUUUUUAUAAUUUUAUUAAGGAACACGUAUAUAAUCUUAUCAAAUUUACUGCUUGCAUAUUACAAUAAUAUUGUAUAUUUUCUUAUCAUUAAUACAUAAAUAUACCGAAAUAAAU